AUGAUAGCACCAAAUAUAUUCGGGAAUGUUUUAAAAUCUAGCAUAUCAAAAUCAGUGACUCCACCAAUCUUAUCAAUCCGUAGUGGGUUACCUUUAAUCAAUGUAAAUAUUUCUAAUAUUCGUUAUAAACAUGAAUAUGCUCCAAGAUUUAAAGAAUUUAGUAAAAAACACAAGGGCCGUGUUCCAGUUAGAAUAGGUGGAUCAGUUAAAGGCUCUACUUUAAAAUUUGGUGAUUAUGGUAUUCGAUUAAAAUCCGAAGGGACAAGAAUCACUGCUAAACAAUUAAAGGAAGCCGAUGAUGCCAUUAUGAGAUAUAUUAGACCUUUGAUAAAUGGUAAAUUAUGGAGAAGGUUAUCUACCAAUGUAGCAGUAUGUGUUAAAGGUAAUGAAACUAGAAUGGGUAAAGGUAAAGGUGGUUUUGAUCAUUGGAUGGUUCGUGUACCCACAGGGAAAAUCUUAUUUGAAAUGAGAGGUGAUGAUUUACAUGAAAGAGUUGCUAGAGAGGCAUUUAGAAAAGCUGGUAGUAAAUUACCAGGGAUAUAUGAAUUUGUUGAUAAAAAUUCAUUAGCAAGAGUAGGGCUUCAUAGUUUUCGUGAUGUAAAUAAGAUACCAAAAGUGAAUUACUUUGAAGAAUUAACCAAAAACCCAACUAAAGAAUAUUUAAAUAUCAUGCGUUCCAAAGAACCAAUGUAUAGAGAAUACAGAGGUCGUUAA